UGUAUAUGUUGUAACUCAUCCAUUACAGACUCAUCAGGGUAAAUCCUUGUGCAACCAGCCAGGAACAUCUAGCCAAUCUCAGGAUCCUCAUAUCAAGAAAGAAGCACACGAUGAAAGCCAUUCUUUCCGAUACCGCUUCGGAUACCAACAACGCACAGUUACUUGCCAUACUCAUGGAACGGUCCUGGAUGCACUGCGAACAAGCACGGAGUUCAAGAAUACGACAAAGACAAGACAGGGGAUGGAAAUAGUCAUCCAAAGAGAGAAAGAACCACGGGCAGCUGUCAGUACACAUUUCCCCUGUCAUUUAAUUGAUAACGAUGAGCUACUGACAGUCAGCUUCAUCAGAGUUCUAAACGGUGGUUCUUCAGAUACCCGGGGCCUUUACAAACAGAGUAACACACCAAAAAUACAACCUGACAAGUUGAUGACUUUGUGUUGAAACUGAGGGUGGACAAAAUAUAAAAACGAAAGUAAUGAAAAACCCAGAGCUAAGGAAGAAAGUGAAGUAUGUUUGUGUGUACGGAUACAAAGGGGAAAAGGUGAAGCAAGCCUUGAGGAGAGAUGGGCGAUUUGACAAAACCGUCUUGAAAACACGCUGUGUUCUUUCUGAGCCAGAGACCAGUGUCGACACAGAGAUGUCCCAGCUAGUUGAUGGUCUUGAUGGGAAAAGUCAUCAAGGUCGUAAAGGUGAAAUGUUGAUUGUGAAGGUGAAACGUAUCGGUCGUGUAUCUCAGCCACAGCCAGAUAGUCUUGAGGAUUGGGACAACACACCAACUGAAGAGCUGUCCGUCCCCUCUGGUGUAACAUUGGAAGCAGCUCUCUCUCCUCAGAAGCCUACCACAACAGACACAGUUAAAACACAGUUGCAGUCAAAAGAGGCAGGAAAAGAUGGUAGUUCUCUGGUAGUGAAGCAAAAAAGGCAAAAGAUUCCAAACUCUAAAGAGAUCCUAAGCAUCCUGCGUUCCCAAUAUGCAGGUUUGGUAGAUCACUUGAAAGAGAGAGAGAAUUUGAAAAAGCCUUCAGAUGUGCAACAAUUCUUGAGAGAAGAGUUUGGAAAGAAAACACAGAGCUUCCAAGAGGUGAAGAAAGUGAAGAGACUAAUAGAGCUGAGUGCUUCUGUUUGUCAGGUGAGAAUUGAAGGGAAUGCAAAAGGAACUGGCUUCCUUCUGUUUGAAAAGUUCAUCCUUACAAACGCCCAUGUUGUCCAUCAAAUCUAUGAGCCGAUAACUAACAAGCUGCAACAAUCGGUAACAGUCACGUUUGACUUUGAAGACCUGGAUGAGAGAACGCAGCAGAUACCAGUGCAAAGUGAGGUUGUAGCCUAUGGAAAAGUUGAUUCGGGUUGUGUUGACUUUGCUUUGCUGGAGCUUAGCUCAGAUCCUGACAUCACCUUGCCUUCAAGCUUGCUUGACAGCUUCAGCUUUCCGUCUCUAGAGGGUGGAAUCUGCAUCAUCGGCCACCCCGAGGGCGGGGUGAAAAAGACAGACCCCUGCUUUAUCAUUCAACAUGGAGAUCGUACACAAGCUGUAGAAAAACAUGUAAGAGAAAAUGAGGAAUUCUUAUAUGUCAUAAACAACAGAUAUUUUGAGGAGAAAUGGGACAUCGGCACACAUCUACCGAGGGACACAGAAAAGAUUACCUAUGACACCUGUUUCUUCCACGGUGCCUCUGGCUCUCCAGUCUUCAAUGAGUACUGCCAGCUGAUCGCUAUGCAUACAGCAGGCUAUUCCUACCAGGGUAAAAGAGGGAAAACCCAGAGUGUCAUAGAGUAUGCCAUUCCCCUGUCAGGCAUACUUGAGGAGAUCAUCAUUCAAGUGGUGCGUAGGAAAAGGGUUGAUGUGCUACAGGGAUUCCUGAGCCAGAGGAGUAUGAAAUUAGACGUAGUGAUGGAAAGAGUCAAGGCACAGUCUGAUAAUGCCAGCCUGGUCAAGGCAUUUCAGGAGAAGCUGCCGGUCAACAGUAACUCUUCGGCUACAGAUCAGGGAGAGCAGAGAACCUUCCACCAGUUCCUCUUUGAUAAAGCCACAGGGGUCAAAGCCACAGGGGUCGACGCCACAGGGGUCGACGCCACAGGGGUCGACGCCACAGGGGUCGACGCCACAGGGGUCGACGCCACAGGGGUCGACGUCACAGGGGUCGACGCCACAGGGGUCGAAGCCACAGGGGUCAAAGCCACAGGGGUCGACGCCACAGGGGUCGAAGCCACAGGGGUCGAAGCCACAGGGGUCGAAGCCACAGGGGUCAAAGCCACAGGGUCGACGCCACAGGGGUCGAAGCCAUGGAGGUGGAUGAUAUCUAUGACAAUUGAAAAAAUGCCCAGUUGUCAUAUUUAAGUAAAAUAAAAAAAAGAUACUUUAAUUUUAUAAAAUAUAGAAAGUUACUCAAAAGGUGAAUGUCACCCAGGAAAAUAGUACUGAAGUCUAAAAAGAUUUGAUUCUAAAUGUACUUUAGUAUCAAAAGUAAAAGUGUAAAUCGUUUCAAAUUUCUCACGUUAAGCAAAGCAGACGGCACCAUUUUCUUGUUUUGAAAAUGUAUGGAUCGCCAGGGGCCCACUCAACACUCAGACAACAUUUACAGAUCGCCAGGGCCCACUCCAACACUCAGACAACAUUUACAGAUCGCCAGGGGCACACUCCAACACUCAGACAACAUUUACAGAUCGCCAGGGGCACACUCCAACACUCAGACAACAUUUACAGAUCGCCAGGGGCACACUCCAACACUCAGACAACAUUUACAGAUCGCCAGGGGCACACUCCAACACUCAGACAACAUUUACAGAUCGCCAGGGGCACACGCCAACACUCAGACAACAUUUACAGAUCGCCAGGGGCACACUCCAACACUCAGACAAC